AUGCUUGUCACCUCAGCCAUUUCACCCUACGCUCUCCUCCUUCUCCCCGUCCUAUACUUUCUUCUCCCAUAUCUCCGGAACUGGAGCCUUCUCAAAGUCCCUGGUCCACUACCGGCCGCUCUGUCGAAUUUUUGGUUGCUGUACCAAUGUCGUCGAGGACGCCGAUAUCAAGCCGUGGACGAUCUGCACAAGGAGUAUGGCAAAGUGGUACGCAUUCAGCCCAAUCAUGUCUCAAUCGCGGAUGACCAUGCCAUCAACACCAUCUACGGGCAUGGCAAUGGUUUUCUGAAAUCCGAGUACUACGAUGCCUUCGUCUCCAUUCGACGAGGUCUAUUCAAUACUCGUGACCGAGCCGAGCACACCCGCAAACGCAAGGUUGUCUCGCACACUUUCUCGGCCAAAUCCAUUGGGGAGUUCGAACAAUACAUUCACGCGAACCUCGAGCUCUUCAUGCACAAGUGGGACAAUAUUUCCAAAGUCAAGAAGAAUCCGUCUACUGGCUAUGCCUCCAUUGAUGCACUACACUGGUUCAACUACCUCGCCUUCGACAUCAUUGGGGAUCUUGCCUUUGGCCAGCCCUUCGGUAUGCUCGAGCGUGAAAAGGAUAUUGCUGAGAUUCGUAAAUCUCCAGACGCCCCACCAACCACUGCACCCGCCAUCGAGGUCCUCAACCGCCGUGGCGAAGUCUCGGGGACCCUCGGGUGCUUACCUCAGCUUAAGCCUUACGCUAGAUAUCUCCCUGACUCAUUCUUCAGCCAGGGUGUCGAAGCCGUUGAAAAUCUUGCUGGCAUUGCAAUUGCUCGUGUGAAGCAGCGCUUGGAAAACCCCAACACCGACCGUGUUGAUCUUCUCGCUCGACUCAUGGAAGGCAAAGACGCCAACGGCGAGAAACUGGGUCGCGAGGAACUCACUGCAGAAGCUUUGACCCAGCUUAUCGCUGGCAGCGACACGACCUCCAACACCUCCUGCGCCAUCUUGUACUGGGUCAUUCGAACUCCCCGGGUUCUGGAGACGCUACAGAAAGAGCUCGACGCGUCAAUCGGACCUGGUGUACCGGCCUACGAACAAGUCAAAGACCUUCCCUACGUGCAGUGGGUGAUCAAUGAAACAAUGCGCAUCCAUAGCACCAGCUCCCUGGGACUCCCUCGACUUGUCCCCUCCGCCACACCCGAUAACCCGAACCCCGGACCGGUUGAGAUCCUAGGCUACAGCUUCCCGCCGGGCACCGCUCUCAGCGUUCCAUCUUACACGAUCCACCACUCCAAGGAAAUCUGGGGACCUGAUGCGGACGAAUUCGUGCCUGAGCGCUGGGCUGAAGAUCGCCUGACUGGCCGACAGAAGGAGGCUUUCAUUCCUUUCUCGAUCGGUCCCCGAGCCUGUGUCGGCCGAAACGUCGCUGAGAUGGAACUCAAAUGCAUUGUUGGUACCGUGUUCCGCAACUUCGAGUUCAGAGACGAGCAUAACGGUCCCAUGGAGACGAGGGAGGGCUUCCUCAGAAAGCCGCUGGGAUACAAUGUUGGAAUUCGGCGAAGGGCUCCCUAG